AUGAUAACAAGCCGAAAAGAAUUAAUUAGAUGGUUAAAAUCUUUAAAUAUCCAUAUAAAUUGUAUAGAAGAAUUUGGACAAGGUACUGCUAUAUGUCAUUUAUUAACUAUCAUUCAUCCAAAUAAAUCCUUUAAUUUUAUAAAGGAACCUUCUACGACUUAUGAGUACCUUAGAAAUCUAAAAACAGCACAAGGGUUUUUUCAAGAGAAUAAUAUUGAAGUAAGAUUUCCUAUUGAGAAACUUGUACAAUGUAAACUACAGGAUAAUUUAGAAUUUGCACAGUGGAUGUAUAAAUAUUAUAUUAAAAAUCAUAAUAAUAAAACAAAGAAGAUUACAAAUAAAGAUGAAGUGACUAGAGAAUUUGAAAGGGAAAAAAAUAGAAAAGAAAUAGUAGACAAUUUAAAAAAACAUAGUGUAGAACAAAAUACAAAAUUAGAAGAUAAAUGUUUAAAAUUAGAAGAAAAUUAUAACCAACUUCUAGAAAAAUUUAAGAAAACAGAAGAAGAUAAUUUGAUGUUAAAAAGUAAAUUGGGCAUUUUUGCGGAUAAUGAUGUACAGAAGGUUAUUAAGGAAUUAGAAGAAAAUAGAAAUUUUUAUUUUUGUAUUUUAGUAGAAAUAGAAAAAUAUUUAACUGAAUGUGAUAGUAUUGAAGAGAAUGUUAAAAAUGAUAUAUUUAAUAUUUUAUAUAAGAAAAGUUAA